UCCUGUUCCCGCCGCAGCCCCCGCGACCGACAGCCUCGCCCCGAGAGCGAUGCGGCGAGACGCGGCCGUCGCGCCCGCGGCGGUCGUGACCUCGCCGCAGAUCGCGGCCGGCGGGGCGGAAACAGCGAAUGCCGAGGCGGUGGCCAUCGAAGUCGACUCGGCGCCAGCGCCAGCGUCGGCGGCCAUCGACGUCGACCUCGAAGCGGGGGGCGCGUCCCACGGCGUGGCGUGCCGGAUCUGCCACCUCAUCCCCGAGGGUGGCGACGGGCCCGCGGCGGCGCCUGGGUCGGAGGUGAUCCGGCUCGGCUGCUGCUGCAAGGAGGAGCUCGGCCACGCGCACCGACAAUGCGCCGAGGCGUGGUUCCGGAUCAAGGGCGAUAGGCGCUGUGAAAUUUGUGGUUCAGAGGCCAAAAACAUUACUGGCGUGGAAGUGAAAAAAUUCAUGGAGGAGUGGCAUGGGCGAAGAAUGGCAACCACCGGGGCUAUGGUAGAGAGGGAAAGCACUUGCUGGCGGCGGCAGCCGUUUUGCAACUUCUUGCUAGCUUGCUUACUGAUUGCUUUCAUGCUUCCCUGGUUUUUCCGUCUAAAUAUAUUGUGAGUUAUGCUGCUGGAACUGGGUCAUGUGGAAUCACACGAAUUGUACAGAAUUUAUAGGCAGAAUCACAACACAGUUCCUCAUGGGUUUUUUUUUCCUCAAAAUUGUCCAUCUGGGUAUUUGUCCUCUUACAUUCAUUACUUAAAAUCCAAAUACCCCUGUUUGAUAAUAAAUGUUGAUUUGAGAUUCUAAAAUA